AUGCGUCGUUAUAUCAAUGUAAAAGAGCUAAAAAUAGAAAGAAUUGCUCUGGCUGUAGUUCAAAAGCCACUGCACAUUCUUUUAGAGCAGAAAUUCAUCUCUUUAUUACAAUCAUGUAAAACCAUUAAUCAUCUUUAUCAAGUUCAAGCUCAAAUUUUUGUUCAUGGAUUAGAUCAAAGUUACUAUGUAGUCCCCAAAAUUAUUGCGAGAAGUUCGUUGUUGAAGCAUGUUAGUAAUGCACGCCAGCUGUUUGAUAAAAUGCCUGAACCAGAUGAUGUGAUUUAUAAUGUUAUGUUUAAAGGGUACUGUCAAAAUGGGAUGCACAAUGAAGUUAUUUCUUUGUUUGGGAAAAUGAUGGGUUCUUGUGUUAAGCCAAGUUGUUAUACUUUUCCUAUGAUUUUGAAGUCUUGUGGAAAGUUGUCUGCUUUGUGUGAGGGUGAGCAAGUUCAUUCUGUUGUGUUGAAAAAUGGGUUUAAGAGAAACCCUUUUGUGGGUAAUACGUUGAUUGAGAUGUACUCGGGUUCCGGUGAAGUUCAACGAGCGUUUAAGGUGUUUGAGGAAAUACCAUUGAGAAAUGUUGUUAGUUGCACUAAUAUGAUCAGUGGGUUUAUUUUAUCUGGGGAUAUGAAAUUAGCUAGAGAGCUUUUUGACUUGGCUGUUGACAGAGAUGUUGUGUUAUGGAAUACUAUAAUAUCUGGAUAUAUUGAUGCUGGGGAUACGGAGAAUGCAUAUAAGCUCUUUGAUGUGAUGCCACAUAAGGAUACGAUGAUGUGGAAUACUAUGUUGAAUGGGAAUGCGAACAGUGGGAAUGCCGAUGCUUGUGAGGAGUUGUUUGAAGUGAUGCCAAAGAGAAAUGUUUUUUCUUGGAAUGGAUUGAUUGGUGUUUAUGCAAAUCAUGGUUGUUUCGUUGAAGUUUUGACUACUUUCAAUCGAAUGCUGUCUGAAGCUGAGGUGCUUCCGAAUCAUGUAACCUUGGCUACCAUAUUGGCUGCUUGUGCACGAUCGGGUGCACUUGAUUUAGGAAUGUGGGUGCAUGUUUAUGCCCAGCGCAUAGGAUAUAAAGGACAUAUUUCUGUCGAAAAUGCUUUGAUGGACAUGUAUGCAAAAUGUGGACGAAUAGAAAUUGCUAAAGAUGUGUUCAAUGGCUUGGUUAAAAGAGAUUUGGUAUCUUGGAAUACCAUUAUUGGUGGUUUAGCAAUGCAUGGUCAUGCCUCAGAUGCCUUAGCUUUAUUUGAUGAGAUGAAAAAUGCUGGGGUACAACCUGACGGAGUCACCUUUGUGGGUGUUCUUUGUGCCUGUACUCAUAUUGGUUAUAUUGAUGAGGGUCUGGCUUAUUUUCAGAGCAUGUCUGAUUAUUCCAUAAGCCCUCAGAUUGAGCACUAUGGUUGUCUGGUUGAUUUAUAUGCCCGAUCAGGUCAUCUGGCCGAGGCUCUUAAUUUAGUAAAAAUGAUGCCCUUGAAGGCAGAUUCUGUCAUAUGGUCCUGUUUGCUAGGGGCCUCUAGGGUUUACAAAAAUAUGGAGAUGGCUAAGCUGGCUCUCAAACAUCUGAUUGAGCUUGAACCAGGGAAUCCGUUAAACUACCUUACAUCAUCAAACAUUUAUGGAGAUGCUGGGAAAUGGGAUAAUGUGUCGGAGCUUAAAGUUGCUAUGAGGGAUACUAGAUUUCAGAAAAAGCCAGGUUAUAGCAUGAUAGAGAUUCAUGACAAAGCAGUCGAAUUCUAUUCAUCAGAUCACAGGCAUCCCGAGAUGGCACAAAUAUAUGUAUGCUUGAGAAAUUUAUCUAAGAUUAUACAGUCACUAGGAUUCCGACCUGAAGAUUUGAACCUUGAUUAGGAAGGCUUGAUUUAACUGGGCAUGUUAUGAUAGACGGGGAAAAGGAGUUUGAUUGAGUCUGCCACAUAUUAGCUAGUUUUCCAAGCUCAACUUCAUAACUCUUUUUUAAAACAUUCUCGAGGAGAUUUCAGAAUACAGUAUUUUUCAUAUGAGCAUGGGUGCAUGGCAUAAUGUAUACAUGAUCGAUCAUUGACAUUGAUGAUGGUAAAGUGUUUAUCGUUAUUCUUAUAACUGCAUCCUGGUCAAGAAAAAAAAAAUCUGAUACAGUGCCCAAUUAUCAAAUCUGGUGCUAAGCAUAUAGCAACUUUGAUGUACACUGAUUGCAUAUUGGUCUUAACUACUACAUACGGAGUACUACGUAUUUUGAAGCAAAGGCAUGUAACAAUGUAACAUAUUAAACUUGGAAAAUUCUGCUCCAGGAAUGCUGAGCAUCUACUGUAAUUCGAACUACAAUUUCUCAGUAUAAAUCAAUGGUCAGAUGCUAACUUCUUUGCUAUUUUUUAUCUAGAUGCGUCUUUGCUAUUCUCUGACUUUUUUGUUGUGAAAAUUUACCAAACAUAAUCUAUUCAACAUACCUAUAACCUAUCGCUUCAUGAAGCUAAAGAACCUCCCUUCUCCAGGCCAUCAUCACUUUGUGUCUUUGUGAUAGUCCCUUUCCGGUCUCUUCUUUCCCACACCUCUCUUCAAACCAUGCUUCCUGGAUGAUUUAACGCCUCAAACUCCUCUUUGUACCGCAGUUCACCCUAAACGAUGGAGACCUCCAAACCAUCCUAACUCAUCCUCUGCCACUCCAACAAUCCCUUUGCAAAUAAAUUUUUAGUUUCGAUCUUCAAUAUAUACUCCCGUAGUUCAUAAUAGAAAGGGGUUUUAGGAAGGUGGUUGCUAAUUGG